CUCCGGUCAGGUGACUUGAGCCUUAUUCUCCGGACUGCCGCGGAGGCCGAAAUCACUCGCACCUAUGACCAGUGGGUGCCUACUAUAGCCACGGGGGCCACCCUGCAGCAUCUUAUAUGGGGUGUCGUGGUCUAUAAGAUCCCCGUUAAGUCGUUCGGGGACCUUACUGACCCCCAGGAGAGAGAAUAA